GUACUCUCUCGCCGUGGAGCCGUCCAAUCAGUGACGCGUUGCUCUUUGUUGUUGGCGAUGACAUGAAAACAUUGUUGUUGCUGCUGCGGAGACUCACGGACAGACGAGCAGGAAGGACGGAAGGUUCGCGGGGCUUCCUUCAGGUCCGGGUUUAGUUAUUAUCCUUUUUUUAUGUUUUAGAAAAAAAGGUGGCAGUUUUUGUCUGUAAAGGAGCCGCGGGAGCAGCCAUGUCGGUGAAUAUGGAAGAACUGAGGCACCAAGUGAUGAUAAACCAGUUUGUUUUGACGGCUGGCUGCGCCGCCGAUCAGGCGAAGCAGCUCCUCCAGGCGGCCCACUGGCAAUUCGAGACGGCCUUGAGCUCCUUCUUCCAGGAGGCCAACGUCCCCGGGCAUCACCACCAGAUGAUGUGCACUCCCAGAAACACCCCUGCCACACCACCCAACUUCCCCGAUGCCAUCACCAUGUUCUCCAAACUUCGGGCGUCCGAGUGUGGCUCCGGCACGGGCAGCGGGCCCUCGCAGGUGUCCAUGGCGUGCUCUCCACCGACUCACUCCUCCACGGCGGGAUUCGGCUCCUUCUGGGCUUCCUCGCCACCCAGCCACCAGCCGGCCUGGCUGCCCCCGUCAUCGCCCACGGGCCACCACAUGCACCACAAUCACUACCACCACAUGCAACAGACUCCCAUGUGGCCCCCCGUCUCCCAGCCCAACGGCUCCCAGCAGCCCCCCGUUGUAUCGGCGCUUCACGGACAGAGAUGAGGCUGAGCGGCGGGCUGAGUGAGCUCGGGCAGGG